AUGUUCCACGGGGGUUCGACUGAUACUUUCCUUUUCAAGGGGAUGAACAAUCAGUACGUCCGCCGGGAAGUCUUCUGCGGAAACACCUGCCACGAGCUCAAGCGUUUCUGGGAACGGGAGAUCGGCAAGCAGACCUACUACCGACAGUCGGAGGAAUAUCGCCUGGGAAAAAGCGCCCUGAGAAAGCUCAGAGAAGGAUGGAGGCAGAGACUGGAAGCAAAGCUGAGACUUCAGAACAGCCCAGAUGAGACCAAAACACGGGCAAACGCUGGCCGGGAGCAUCUCGCUUCGCUGACCCAAGAGGAUUCAAAGCACUGAGGUCACUGCGCCAAGAGAAGUCCGUGCAAAUGCCCGAGUCCCUGAGCUAUGCCACACAGAUGUCACACUGCCCCCGACCCGUGACGGAUCUACCCUCGCGUCCUCCCGGGUGCCAACUGGGAAUUACCAGCCAAGUCGGUCCCCUCCACGUGGGGGCCGGCAUAUUAUCCCAAGUGUCCCUAAAGAUGAGGUUAUUUAAUACCAGAGUUCCAUGCAGCAUGCUUCAUUUCCGUAUCGUUACCUUCCGAUUUUGACGUCUACGUAUUUUAAAUUCUAAGCCCACUCGGGGUGCUGAUCUCCCUGGUCACACUUUGUAAACAUCGCCCAGCAGUGCCGUUCCACAUCUCUCCCAGAAACAGUUUCAUGUGAUCCUUUCCCUUGUUUUCUUCUUAUGAGACACGUAACCAUCUGCAAGAUUAGCAAUAUUGUGAAUAGUCGUAAAGAUAAGGUUUGCCCAGAGAUUGAUCUGAGGCUAUUUCUCCUGCAUGUGAAUUUAAUUGGCCUCCUGAACCGUUCGAUCAGAUCAGGAUAACUGUAAUAAAACUUGGUUGCCCGGCCACCACGGAUGUGCACGCCCUGUG